CAGCUGUGGCAGGGUUAACAGCACCUCAUUUUUACUACCAUUGUACACUUUAUGGUGCGAGGAUAGACUGCUAUAUUUCCAUCGUGUCUAUCAUAGGUAUCUUUGUUUCAUCCAUAACAGUUGUGUUUUCAUGUUAAUUAAGAUGUGUAUCAAUAUUAACUACGCUGCAACUCACUGAGACACAUCCAGCAGCUCCCUCUUCUCCGCAUCAGUAGAGUGUAGACAGACACAGAUGCCAGUCUUGUGGUCCUACCGUCUCAUAGACAAAGUUCUCACACUUACAACACACAAGGAUUAUAGAGUUGACACGUUACCCGCGACUGAGUUCUCUCUCAGUAUAUUGUGUAAAAGCCUUUGUUUCACCUCAUACCCUGUCGCACUGAUCGAGUGAAGGCUGCCAGACACCCCCCUGCUGCACCCCCAGACCACGGUUACGUCAGAACAACUCUCGUCCCUCAUCCCGCUAUGGCGUCCAGCCAAUCUGACGAUAUGGAAGAAAUGAUUGAAGCAAUAAUGAGACACCAACCAACAGCGGAAUUGGUAACUGCUGUGAAUGAAGGAGAUGAGGCUGGGAUGAGGUUGGCACUCGACAUGGGUGCUCUCCCAGAGGUCAUUGUCCCUAUUUCUGCUGGAACGUACGCAAGUCUGGUGAAUAUAGCUGCCUGCGAGGGCCACGACCACCUGCUGCCUCACUUACUGCAGGCGGGGCUAAGCAUCGAAGGUGGAGGCACGACUGACAUGACACCGUUGAUGGUGGCUGCAGGGCAUGGCCACACCCAGACAGUGAAGGCGCUGCUGGACCUCGGGGCGAACCAUCUGGCCACAGAUAGUAAGGGAUGGACAGCCCUCCACUUUGCUGCAGGGCAGGGCCACCAGCAGUGUGUGGCAGCCCUCAUGACCAUCACCCCUCCCACUCCCGCACACCUCGAGGCACACACCCCAGUGCACAGCGCUAGUUACAAUGGCCACGUAGAGGUACUGGAGCAGCUGUCGGGUGCUGGCUGGGCCCUCUCUUCCAGGGACAGAUAUGGCGGCACACCCCUGCUCUAUGCUGCUGUUGGGGGAUAUGUAGCAGCUGUGCAGUGGCUGGUGCAGCGAGGCUGUGACCCGCGCGUGCAAGCCAAGGAUGGACUGACCCCGCUGGAGGCGGCUGUGCAGUGCGGCAGCCAUGAAGUGGAGACCUGGCUGGCCAAUAAUGGCGGCGGUAUUUUGAGGAGCGAAAUUCUGCGUGAGGAGGAAGUGAAACUGGCCACUGCUGUGGAGAAAGGAGAUGAGGCAGGAGUGAGGUCGGCCCUCUCCAUGGGAGCCCGCCUUGAUAUCACCGUCCCCACUACUCUAGGGGCAUUUUGGAGUCUGGUGAGUUCAGCUGCCAGCAAAGGCCACGACCACCUAUUGCCUCACUUACUGCAGUCGGGACUAAGCAUUGAAGGUCGAGGCACCACUGACAGGACACCGCUGAUGGUAGCUGCCGUGCAUGGCCACACCCAAACGGUUAAGACGCUGUUAGCCCACGGCGCGAAUCCUCUGGCAACGGAUGGUAAAGGAUGGACAGCCCUCCACUUUGCUGCAAGGUGGGGCCACCAGCAAUGUGUGGAAGCCCUCAUGCACGUCAUCCCUCCCACCCCUACACACCUCGAGGCACACACUCCGAUGCACACCGCCAGUUACCAUGGUCACGUGGAGGUAUUGAAGCAGUUAGCGGGUGUUGGCUGGUCUCUCUCCGCCAGGGACAAUCAUGGCGAGACACCCCUGCGCUGUGCUGCAGCGGGGGGAUAUGUAACAGCUGUGGAGUGGCUGGUGCAGCAAGGUGCUGACCGGCGCGUCCAAGACAAGGCUGGAUUCACCCCACUGGAGGUGGCCAUGCAAUUUGGUCGCUACGAGGUGGAAACCUGGCUAGCCAAGAAUGGCGGCGGUGUUGUGAGGAGUGACAUUCUGCUUGUGGAGGAAGUGAGGGAGUGGCAGGGUGUGCAUGAAGACAAUCACAACACAGUCUUGUCCUGGCUUGUAGCGGGCAACACGGCGAUGAUGCGCAACAUCCCAGAGCUCUGUGACGGUCACGCGCUGAGCCAGCAAGGCCUGACGCCCCUCCACGCCGCGGCGCUUUCCGGGGUUCCCAUUAGUGCUGUGGAGGCUUUUUUGGGACGUGGCAUAAGCCCUCAUGUGAUCACCCCUGACAAUAUGACCCCUGUUGACCUGGCAAGGCAGGAAGGCCAUGACCAAGUGAUUGACGGACUACAGUGCCACCAUUGUGAAAAGAGCGGCAAGCCCCCGGAGGACCUGUACAUGGAGCUGCUCUCAACAAUUAGUCACGGGGACAAAGUACAAGCGGUGUCUGACCUUCUGUGUAAGGGCGCCCCCAUAGAGCCCCUGGGUGGCCGCUCCGUCCUUAGACUGGCUGUCACCACCGACCGUGCACACACCGUCAGCCUGCUACUGGCUAGUGGUGCGUCGCUGCCCACCAGCCUGCUGCAGGAGGCUUGGCAGAGCCCCGACGUGACCCACAGGGUGCUGGCCUCCCUCACCACCGCUUACUGCUGUCGGCUGCGUGCAGAGCAGCGUCGCCUGGAAAAGGUCAGCGGCGCCCUUGUAGAGGGCAUCAACAAUCUGGUGAAAACCAUUGAGGGAAAUACACCCUGGCAGGCAGCCUGGCGAUGGGGAAAAGAGACUGACCGGCCAGCACUGAGCGACCUCCUGGCAAAGGCCGCGGCUGCCAACUGCCCCGUGACUGCCGCCUUUCUGCAGAGGGCAGGAGCGUGGCCCAUCUUCAACGGAGCCUCGGGUGGCACUGCCCUCCACGCCGCCCUGGAAGCAGGCCACCAGGGCAUGGCCGAGUUGGUGAUCAGGGACCUCGGGGGCUGCCCGUAUGUGCCGGACAUACACGGUCGCCUGCCAAUGCACAUGAUGCCCGACGAGGAGCAGCAGAGGCUAAAGCAGAAGCUCUUUAAGGAGGAGCGUGUAAAACUGAAGGAUAUGGAGCUUCGCUUGAAGGCAGAUCACGACAAGACCGCAGCACGGACAGCGCUGCGUAUACAGAAGGAUCUUUUUGAGAGUAACAAGGGCGAGGGUAAGAAUGUCUCCUUACCUGAUGGCCGCGCCGCCCUACUGCUGGCCUCGCGCAAAGGUCUCCUGCAGCUGAUUCAUCUUAUACUCCACGAGGGUCACUUCCCCGUGAACGAGGUGCUGGACGACACCUGCGGCACAACCGCUCUUCACCAGGCGGCCUCGCACGGCCAGGACAGCUGUGUGGCGCUGCUACUGAGCGCCGGCGCCAGCACACAACAGCGUGACACUUACGGCCAGACGCCCCGCCACCUGGCCGCCAUGUUUGGCCACAAAAGUACUUUUGAACUCCUGGCACACCGAGAUAUGCAGGACCCUCCUUGCCGUGCAGGCACCACAGCUGCACAGGUAAAAGAAAAUUUCAAAAUCUAUCACAAUAUGUAUUAUAAGUACAACAGGAAAUUAUUAUCACAGUUCAACCGUCAUGACUCCGAUAGCGUCACGAGAAAUCUUGUGAAAUCCAUAGGCCUGUCAGAGAUGCAGAAGGAGGCUCAGCGGGUGACCGUGGAUCUAUCAAAGGGCGAAGCCCUUGAGGUAAAGGAGACGGUUAUGGCGGAAAUAAACAUCAUCAUGAAUAAGGUAUCAGUUGCUGAUCCCACCUACCGAGGUGACCUGAGGCUGGCAGGCAGCUCUCGGGAUGGCUCUAAGCUGUACGCCCCUGAUGAAUUUGACGUGAACCUCGUCGUUCAAGAUGACAACGUAAAAUUUAAUAUCAUUAAGAGACCAGAGCAGGAAGCCCCACUGAAGGGCAAGUUACAGAUAUCAAUUAAGACUGACCAAAAACAAACCCACCUUGAGGGAAAUAGAUUCAUGGCCAAUCUGUAUAAGGAGGUGCACCGCUGCCUCGCUGGCCAUACCCUUCAAGAUGAAAGAAUGAGCCUGGUGCCGCCGGGCCUGACCAGCACGCAAGUGGGCGUGGGACUCUCCCUGGCCUGGCAGGGGCGAAAGUAUCCACUACUGCUGGUCGGCGUGGACCUGGUGCCGGUGCUGGAGGUGCCAUGGUUGGAAAAAGUUCCCAGACCUUUCCUCACUCCCAAGGACACCACCACCAUGCAGCUCAGUAAUGCUGCGGACUGCACAUGGCGGUGUAGCUUUGCCUUGACAGAGGCAAAGGUGCUGGGAACGUUGAGUCCCGCGGAGCGCCAGGUACAGCUGAUGGGAAAGGUACUUCUUUCCCGCCUCAAAGCCGAGCCCUGGAUGCCUAGGCACAAAAAGAGCUUUUUCAAAUGGUUUGCCACACGGGAGUGGAAGAUCGUGGUGCCGAGUGGGUUCUGCUUCAAGAACGCGCUCUUUCGGUGGCUGGAGAAUAGGCGAUGGAGGGAGAAGGAGCUCGGGGUUGGAAAAGAAGGGGACCAUGCUAAGGAGUUGGGGGCUGGACAGGAGGGAGAGCACACCAAGGAGUUGGGGGCUGGACAGGAAGGGGACCACGCCAAGGAGUUGGGGGCUGGACAGGAGGGGGAGCACACCAUGGAGUUGGAGGCUGGACAGGAGUGGGACUAUGUCAAGAAGUUGGGGGCUGGGCGGAAGGGAGACCACGCCAAGGAGAUGAGGGCUGGGCAGAAGAGGGACCACGCCAAGGAGCUGGGGGCUGGAUGGGAGGGGGACCACUCCAAGGAGUUGGGGGCUGGACAGGGGGGGGACCACGCCAAGUUGUUGAGUGCUGGGAAGGAGGGGGGCCACACCAAGAAGUUUGGAGCUGGGAAGGAUGGGGACCCUGCCAAAUGGCUGGUGGAGGUGUUUAGACUGAUUUGUGCAAACCCAGAGGAGUCACGAGAGAACCUGACAACUCAGAACAGCCCUGCCUACUUUGGAGGAGACUGUGAGGGGCGGAAACCUGGGUGCGGGGCGCCUGUCAUCGUGCAGUGUCUGGAGGAGGGUUUGGAAAAGUGUUCUGGCUCGGAUUCAGCCAAGACAGCCAGGCCGCGGCGACGAAAGUAUUAGAUGCAGAAGAUGCAGCUCGUGUAAUCAUAAGCAGUGAGCUUUGCUACGCAUCGUAAGGCCCCGACACACAGGAAAACGAGUGUUCGAUGCUCGCUUUUCAGAUUCAGUAGUUUAUUUAGCUAAAUUAUAGAUUUUUAUGGGGCGAGCCUAGUGGGAAAAAAAAAUUAAUAGGCUUACAUCUGUGUAUACUUGUUGGCUCCUAUCCAACCUACAGGUUGGAUGAUGUAAUACUACAAGAUGAGUAAAAUGCCACAUACAUAUUGCCAUUAAAUAGUAGAGUAUAAGAUAAUAGCCAACUUGCAUGUUGUAUGGUGAAACAGGUUCUAGAUAUAUUUCUGAAUUAUUUGAUAAUAGACUUAUAAGUUUUUGUUAUUGAAUUCCAAACGUCAGUGACAUUAAGAUAUCAAAUAUUUUGUAUAGGUUUAUUAAGGCAGUGUAUGAUCUGGGUGUGUAUAAAUCACCUUGGCUUGAUAAUAUAAUUACAUGCAAGUUAUUAAAUCUUUAUGGAAUGUCACAUUUGUACAACCAAGUACCAAAUGUAAAUGGUAAUUGGUUAAACCAAACUUUUAAGUUAAGGACUUCUAAUAUUUAUUGGCAGAGAUCGUUUAAAGAAAUUUAUUACAACCCAACAUUUCUUAAUCAUAGGAUGAUGACAAUGGAGAGAAAAUUACAGAACUCUUAAUCUGUUUUCCCUAAACAACACUUAAUUGCCAAAAGUAUGUUCAAGUGUGCAAAUCAUAAGCUGCCCAUCGUAUGAGGUUGGUAUAGGAUUGUAAGUGUAGAAAAGUGGAUCUGUUGUUUAUGUGAUCUUAAUGAUAUAUGUGAUUAAACUCAUUAUUUAUUCAAAUGUCAUUUUUUCAUAAUUAUCAGAAAAAAUAAAUUAAGAAAUAUUGCUAUACUAAGGAAAUACAAUAAAAAUAGAGGAAUUAUUUGGAUCGAUAAUAGUGAGUGUGUUGUUGAAUUUGUUAAGUUCACCAAAGAAAUAAGUUAUUAAAAAAAAUAAAAAAAAAAACUCAUAAGAAGUAAUUGUUACCUCAUAAGUAAUGUCUGUAUUUAGUAUGUGCAGUAUUACAGUUUGUCCUCUCAUAACCUGCUUGGGGUCGCCAGAAUUCAAUAAACCUUUCAAACCUCUCAAACAAACAUCACAUAUUCGCAAACUUGUUUAUGUAAAUAAAUCAUUGCCUUGUUUUUUUCCAUGAACACAAAACUAUUCCUCUGUAUUAUGAAAAGUGUUACGUAAACCAAAGACAAGA